AUGGGACGAAAGAAGUCCGUGCCUCCUCAGCCGCUCGUGCUGCAGCAGGCUCAGGCACAGUCCCAGUCCCCGUCCCAGUCUCAGGCUCAGCGGCAGCAGCAGGCGUACGGUCAGCAGGAUCAGCAGCAGCAGUACCAGCAGCAGUACCAGCAGCGACAGGAGGAAGGGGAGCAGCACCAGCAGGAGCACACAGGAAGCCGCCGUCCAGGUACCCAGGCUCAGGCUGACAGCAGGUCGUCUAACAAGUCCAAGACCUCGGCCACCGCGACCACCACCGCGACCUCCACGGCCACCACCCUCACCCACCCCCAAACCCAGCAGCGAGAUCGUCCUAGUGAAACAGACCAACAUCCACCACGAAUCUCUCCUGCAACAACCACCCACUCGUCAUCGCCCAGGUCUCCUCGCUCUCCAUUUACCUCGCGCUUCUCUCCAAAGAAUCUCUACUCACUGUCCAAUUCGAACCCACAAAUCCAGCUACAGCCCAAUCCUCUACUGCAACACUCGCCCGCCGCUAGCACGCCCCUACAUCCCCAGACCACCAGCAAGCCCAGCGCUGGCGCCUCCACCCCCAGGAAGCCCCAGCACAUCGCCGAGCUACAGCAGCAGCAGCAGCAGCAGCAGCCCCAGCCCCUCCACGACCCGGUCCCCUUCCCACCCAUCACCUCGUCCGUCACCCAGCCCGGCGACAAUUCGACCGCAGCCCGCCCCCAGCAGCCCGAUCGAAGGCGCCUCAAGUCGAGCCACGGCCCGCGCCCUCGCCACGACGACGACAAGAAGGGUUUCUUCUUCAGCUUUACCAAGUCGGCCAAGUCGUCGUCCGACCGCCCGCCCCUGCCACCACACAGCCAGCCCAACACCACCACCACUGCCACUCCUGCCGCACUAGACCCACGGCGCGACGCAGUGAUGAGGAGCACCGAUCAGCCAACACCCACCAAACACAGCCCAAAACAAUCAACAGUGCCACCUCUCGGCUCUCUCCUGAUUCAAUGCCCUUUCAAUGCUGAUUCCUUUGUCUCCAAUGCAGAUGCAUCCCAUGUAGAAUCUGACCCGAGACCCGCCCCCUCUUUACCCUCCAGGUCCGACAGCUCGCUGGCUUCAUCCCAAGAAAAGGCCGACAACACCCCCACCACGUCAUCAAGAAAAGGCUCCAAGCCAAAGCCAUUCACGCUGCUGAGCAGGACGAAGUCACAACGUGACAGGGACGGCCGCAGCCCACGCCAUACCCCGAGCCCUCAGGACCUGAAAGAGGCUCCCUACAACCAGGUCCCUCUACCCGAACAACCGGAGCGUGCGCACAUUGCUGCGCCCCCGAAAACCGCGACAGCUCCAAUCGACCGUUCGUAUAGGGAAGCCAUGUCAUCAUCGUCGCGCAACCAGUCCGCCGACCGUGGCGAUCGUGUCCCGUCGCGGGACGCCUCGACGAGCAGGAACUCGAAUCGGGAGAGGGAUCACAGCCGGUCGCAGCAACAUUUCUCGCAAAAGGACGGCCCGGCUUCGUUCUUCAACAACCUCAAGAGAGAAGGCGGCAGGGUAGCAGAAUCAAUUGGCAAGGGACUCUUCGGGAAAGGCGGCCGCAGCGGCAGCACCACAGAGAAGGAGCCGCUUGUCGACGACGAGCAUUACGUGAUCAAGGUCAUCAAUCUCCCACUCGUCGAGCAGACACGCCUGACCAGGAUAUCGAAACGGCUCGAGGACUCGAGAGACAAGACGGAGUUCUGGAUGCCUGCGUUCCCUUGGAGGGCGAUCGACUAUCUCAACUACAAGGGCUGCGACGUUGAGGGUCUUUACCGGGUGCCGGGCAGUGGGCCUCAAAUAAAGAAAUGGCAGAGGCGGUUCGAUGAGCGUUAUGACGUGGACCUGUUCAAUCAGGAGGACCUGUAUGAUAUCAACAUCAUUGGUUCGAUGCUGAAAGCAUGGCUUCGCGAGCUUCCCGACGAGCUGUUCCCAAAGGAGGCACAAGACCGAAUCGCUCGAGAAUGCGCCGGCGCAGAGAAGGUGCCUCAGAUGCUCAUCGACGAGCUGUCGAACCUUUCUCCUUUCAACUACUACCUGCUGUUCGCGAUCACCUGCCACCUGAGCCUGCUCCUGGCGCACGCCGACAAGAACAAGAUGGACUUCCGCAACCUCUGCAUUUGCUUCCAGCCAUGCAUGAAGAUUGACGCCUUCUGCUUCAAAUUCCUGGUUUGUGACUGGAGGGAUUGCUGGAAAGGAUGCAAGAACGAGACCAAGUUCAUCGAAGAAGAGUACAAGUUGUUCGAUGCGCCGCCGCCUCCAGGCCUAGGCGUUAAGAAACGCCUGGAGCCUCGAUCCGAGCCCCGACCUGAGCGCCGCCCCUCGCCAACGGUGGAAAGAGAAGACAGGGACCGCAACAUCUCUUCUUCAGACAGCAGCAAAAAGUCGCAGCAAGGGGGAGACAGCACGCGGCUGAAGAAGAAGGGCGCCUACCAGGAGAACGGAAGUACAACUACCAAGACCACUCAUCUCUAUACCGACGCCCCAACAAACGGCCAGAGUGCAACACCAAGAGCAUCGAAUGAUAUGCGGCCCCUGUCUCCCAUCAAACCUCUGUCACCACUCGGGUUCUAG